GCUGCGCCUAACGCUCCUGGCAGUCUUCAUGAUGCAGCCACGGAAUGCGUUGUGUCUGCACUAAUACGAGCCGAAGACUACCAAACUCACCAAGCACUCGCGAUGAAUUUACAGACAGCUGUCUAUCAACUACAUGGAGCAUUUAAUCAUGCUGUCGCGAUGGAAGAUAUGGACAAGAUCUUUGUCGAACUCGCUGAGUCUUUCAUUGAGAAGCUUGUUAAUGAUGGAAGUGACGAUCCGAAUAGUUUGGGCAGUAUACAUACGCUUGAACUUCUUUUGCUACUUGCUGGUCAUCACGACUAUUCAUUGAUUGAAAUGACGUUUAAUAUUUGGUAUCGAUUAUCCGAGGGUUUGUUCAGUUUUGAGGACGAUCAACACAUUGAAAAGUUCAAGCCAUACGUUCAAAGGUAUCUAGCUGCACUUUAUCGCCAUUGCCGUUACGAUACUGAAGAAGAAGGCAUUCCAGACCGCGAUGGAGAUUUUGCUGACUUUAGAUUGAAGGUAGUGGAGACCGUCCGCGAUGUGGUUUUCGUAGUUGGAACGGAAUCGUGUGUAACGAGUAUGUAUAAUAUGUUAAAAACCUGUAGUCAAUCUGGAACGUGGGAUGAGGCGGAGGCGGCUCUUUUCAUAAUCUCCACUGUCAUUAGCAAUAUCAUUCCAGAGGAGAAUAAUGUCAUACCGGAACUUGUACAAGCUAUAGUGACGCUGCCAAUGACUUCUCAUCCAGCGUUACUACUCACAUCGGUGGGUCUUGUUGGGUUUGUAGAGUAUGUUUAUAAAGUCACUUCUCUUAAUAUUAGGAAAAGUAGUGGAGUGGUUGCUGCAACUUGCUGUAGCUCCGGCGUUUGCUGCGCCUGCUGCUGA